CCUCGCACCGCCCCGCGCUGCAGCCUUGGUUGGCUGGGUCCCGUCGCCUUCCUCCUGCAGCUGCACAUCUGAGUUUGGGUCAGGCUGCAAUUGCUCCGUUGGCAUGGGGGGCUUCAGCGUUUGGGACUAUGUGGUCUUCGCCGCCAUGCUGCUGGUGUCAGCUGUCAUCGGCAUCUACUAUGCCUUUGCGGGAGGGGGACAGAAGACCUCCAAGGACUUUCUCAUGGGGGGGCGAAGCAUGAGUGCCGUCCCCGUGGCUCUCUCACUCACCGCCAGCUUCAUGUCAGCUGUCACUGUGCUGGGCACCCCCGCUGAGAUCUACCGCUAUGGUGCCAUCUUCUGCAUCUUCGCCAUCACCUACGCCCUGGUAGUGCUGUGCAGUGCUGAGAUCUUCCUGCCUGUCUUCUACAGGCUGGGCAUCACCAGCACUUAUGAGUAUUUAGAGCUUCGAUUUAAUAAAUACCUGCGUCUCUGUGGAACAUUCCUCUUCAUUAUACAAACGACUUUAUACACUGGCAUUGUCAUUUAUGCUCCAGCUUUAGCACUAAAUCAAGUCACGGGCUUUGACUUAUGGGGUGCCGUGGUGGCAACUGGCGUCGUCUGCACUUUCUACUGCACGUUGGGUGGUCUGAAAGCAGUGGUGUGGACAGAUGUUUUCCAGGUUGGAAUCAUGGUCGCUGGAUUCUCGUCUGUGAUUAUACGAGCUGUGAUAGUCCAGGAGGGAAUUGGACGCAUUGUAAAUGAUUCCUACUAUGGAGGAAGAUUAAACUUCUGGGACUUUAAUCCCAAUCCAUUGCAAAGGCACACCUUCUGGACGAUUAUUAUAGGUGGGACCUUCACAUGGACUGGCAUUUAUGGUGUCAACCAGUCCCAAGUACAGAGAUACAUUGCAUGCAAAACCAGGUUCCAUGCAAAAAUGUCCCUCUACAUCAACCUGGUGGGCCUCUGGGCAAUCUUGGUCUGCGCAACACUCUGCGGGCUGUCUCUGUACUCCAUUUACAAGGACUGUGACCCAUGGACGGCAAAGCAGGUGUCAGCACUUGACCAGUUGAUGCCCUACCUCGUGCUGGAUAUUCUCAGGGAUUUUCCAGGAGUGCCAGGGCUUUUUGUGGCUAGUGCCUACAGUGGGACAUUAAGUACAGUGUCCUCCAGCAUCAAUGCUUUGGCUGCUGUAACUGUUGAAGAUCUCAUCAGACCAUAUUUCAGAUCCCUUUCUGAAAAGAAGCUGUCAUGGAUUUCCAUGGGGAUGAGCCUAUUUUAUGGUGGAGUCUGCAUUGCUAUGGCUGCACUGGCAUCUCUCCUGGGUGCCUUGCUCCAGGCAGCGCUCAGCAUUUUUGGCAUGGUUGGUGGCCCCCUUUUAGGACUGUUUGCCUUGGGAAUUCUCUGCUCCUUUGCAAAUGGAAUUGGCGCAUUUGUGGGUCUUAUCACUGGCUUUGUUAUUUCACUUUGGGUUGGAAUUGGUUCUCAGAUUUAUCCUCCCCUCCCAGAGAGGACUAUGCCUCUCCCCCUCUCAACUGCAGGCUGUAAUAUAUCCAUCUCAAGCAAUUUGACUACACCGACAGAAAACCCAUUAACAACAAUCUUCAGCACACAGGCUGCAGAAAGGCCUGUCCUGGCAGAGCACUGGUAUUCCUUGUCCUAUCUCUACUUCAGCACCCUUGGGACACUUACCACGAUAGUUGUGGGAAUGAUUAUCAGCCUCCUAACAGGAGGAUUGAAACAGAACACAGACAGUAAAUUCCUGCUGACCAAAGAAGAUUUCCUCUCCAACUUCUCCUGGUCUAAAUCUGAGACAGCAGAGAAAGUGGUUGUGUUGAACUGGAAAACAUCUACAAUGGUAGCCGAAGGAACUGACAACCCUGCUUUCAGCCACAUCGAAAUGGAUGAAGCAAGUGAUAAGAACAAAGCUAAUGGCCUUCAUAUAUGACGUGGAGCCAUGUCAGCCCUUGAGGACAGUUUUGAUCAUGUAAAGCACUGCUGACACUCUGUGCUGGGUUAGUUACCAGCCCUGCUAGGGUCACCGGCAGGAGUCUGCUGAGCUUCAUGGUGCUGUCACCCGUGCACAACUUUGACAUUAGUCAAGAAAGGAAUCAGGUCUUUCCUGCUUUUGUUGUCUCUCUCACACUCUGGAUCUUGGUGACAGGGCUUAAGGCAAUGUAUCAGUGUGGAAUAUUUGCCUAAUAUUCUUGGGCCUCCUGGAAAAUACCUGCUUUUACUUCCAGUUCACCCUUGGAGUAAAUGUUUUAUUUGGUAAGAGUGCUGUCCCCUGGAUAUUGACUGUUCUCUGUGGGCUUUUUUUUUCUUUUUUUUUUCUUUUUUUCUUUUUUCUUUUUUCUUUUUCCUUUUAAGGCAUUGAAAGAGUGAAGAGAUCAGUACUGUGGGAUCUUACCAGAUUGCAGGAAACACUGGAUCUUCUUUUUAGGGGAGGAGAUGUACUUAGAGCCCUCUGAUUGCUUUGUAGAACUGAUCUUGAGAGCAUAUUUAUUUUGCUGGUUCUGUCAUACGUUUGCUUUCAUUAACUCAUUCUUUGGUGAGCACUCCUCUCAUGUGCUCACUAUUGGACGUUACAAAACUGUCUUUGGAGACAAGUAAAAACAAGCAUCAGUAAUACCCUUCCCUUUGCUCCCUACCUCACUCUUCAGCCCCAUUUUGCUCCAACAGAACUGGCCCUUGUGAUGAAGUGAACAAUCUGGGCUCUUCUUUCUGUGCCAUGUAGCAGAACACAUGCUGGCCCAUGACUGCUCUUGCACUGAGCUGGAUGCAUAUAUUAACAAAGGUAUUAAUGUAGGAAGAAGACCUUCUUUGCUGUACUGGAAUAGAGAGAAAGCUGCACCUGCAGUUGGCUGUUAUCUGUGGAGCUGUGAGCUGAAACUUACUGUAACCAUUUGUGUUCUUGCAGUCCCUGUUGUCACUCCAAGGUUUCACUUGCAAGGUUGGGCCAGAUCAGGCUAGAGCAUGUUUUGUGUUUUGCUUAGAGGGUUGUUCUGUCCUUGGGAGGGGAAGGGAUUGCAAAGGCUGGAUGAAGUCUUCAUGGCUGCAGGGCAUGGGAUGGCUCAUCCUCUGGCUGCGCUGCUGAGAGGAGAUGAACAGCAUAUCUGUCCUUACAUUACUUCUGGCUUGAAAGGAUAAAAACCCCAUAGCUCCCUUAUCCUAAUUGCUUGGAGAACAGGCUGUUUGACCCACUGUGUCGGUUUUGUAUUAUAUAUUUUUUGUGACAUCAAUUGAUGGGGGUUUAAAACUCUGCCACAGCAUCAAGUUGGUAAAUAAAAAUCAUUGCAGGAAAGCCAAGCAUGAAACUUAUAAAGCAGUCACGCUUGAGACACAAAUCAAACACUGACUGUGUGUCUUAGACUCUUUCAAGAAGUUACACUGAGCUGUGCUGGGUGCUGAGCUGCUGUUAUAUGGGAUUUGAUUGUACUAGUUUACCUAUGCUGAUUUGGUCUCUCAAGCACUUAACCCAAGCUGUUGUGUGCCCCCUGACAGCAGGCAUUUGAUGAUUUACUGCAUAAGAUGGAUCGGUAAACUUUAGGAGGCAAAAAUGGGAGCAGACCUCUCCUAGCAGAGUAUAGACCAGAUAUAUCCUACAUGGGUUGCCACUAGGAGCACAUCUCCAUUGGCCAACCAAUGACGAAGGCAGACUUCCCCCUGAGUUGUAGGCUGGCAAGAUCCAGAGCAGACUCCCCUUGUCUCCCACUCAUGUGCUGAGGUACUUUUGGCCCAUGGAUAUGAACAACCAUAAGUACUGGUAUCUCCACUCAGCUGCAGAGAGCCAAAACGUUAAGAAGACUGAUGGCAUUCUGUGUGCCUCUGCUCAGUGGUAUGUAGUAAGCCAAGGGCAGAGCAAAGCCUGCAGCAAGGCCUAUGUGCCUUCUGGUAGGACUGCAGCACUCCCAGGCCACAUGCUGAUCUCCUAUCUGACCAUGAUCCUUAGAAGGGUGACUGAUCAGCACAGCCCUUUGUUGCACCAUGCUGGGUUGAGAUCCUUGUUUUGAAUUGAUGCUGCCUUGGAUGACCUGAGACUUCUAUCUGUUUUGUUCAUGGAGUGAAGACUAAUCUCUCCAGCAGUCACAGUUAAGAAAUAACGUAGGGUCAUGGUGUUUAUUCUCAGUACUUUGAAUUCACAUGGGAAAACACGUAAGCCUUCACUUGAAGUCACUCUUUGAGUGCUGAUCAGUCAUUUUACUCUAAUUUUGGUAUGAAGUGAAAGCUUGGGCCAGAUGGUAUCUGUUGGCCCAUAGUCACAUUGAGAUGAGUUUUUACUGGGGAAAAUACCUUGUUGUAGGAGGUUUAGAGGUAGCAUUCUUUCUGCAGAUGACCCUGGCAACUGUCCUUUUUCUCAUUAUCUAACCUUCCAUGAUUGCUGCAGAACAGAACUAAAAAGUGACUCUUCUGCUUUACUUUUUUUCUUUUUCUAUAUGCCUGUUGUUUUAAUUGGCAUCAUUAAUUAAAACAAUUAAUUUUGAAUAAUGUUUUCUCUGAGACUAUAUACUGUCCUUGUCUAGCUGGACAUGGAGCCAGGGCUUUGCCUGUGUAAAAACAAGAUAAUUCUCAGUGUCUCAUCAGAGUCCUGCACCAUGAUUCUUCAGUUGAAAGCUCACCCAACAAAGAAAUGAAGGAUAGCCAGUGCCAGUUAAUUCCAUGGGAAUGGGAGCACUCCAUGCUGCCCAAGUUACAUGCAGCAUCUGGGAGGACUGAGAGGAGAAACAAGUGGAAACAUUAAAAAAUGAACUGAGAAGGCAACAGGAGCAAUAUUUGAUGACGUAGAUUCACAGACAGAAGGUGGUAGUGGAUCCUGGCCCCUUUUGGUCUGCGUUUACACUUACUUCCACUCAGCUGGUCUGUUUGCUUUCUGAACAAAUAAGACAAAUAGAAAAUAAUGCGUGGAUUUCAAACAGCAGAUAUUUCAUAUGCGUCAUUUAUUUUAAAGUUUAUUGCGUCACAUUAGACAAGCAUUAAACAUGGCUUUAUGUUGAUGAUUUUUUACGUAAGUGUGAAAACUUGACAUUCUUCUCUGUUAGAUUUUUUUCUAUUUACAAAUAAACAAUCUCUAUGUAUA